AUGGCUUCCGGGACUCAACAGGGAAUCGGAGAGCCUGAGCGACACCGCGUUGGAGAGCAUUGGAGUGGUACCAAUCCCGUUCCAACCGUCCAGAAAUUCAUCGAGCAUCUCGACCAGGAGAAGCACGAGCGCGACAAAAGAAUCGACGAUGAGAACCUGGCCAAGAAGGAAAAAGCUCAGAGACAAAAAGACCAAGAGAGCAGAGGAGAACAGCCCGAGGAUACGCAGAAUGGAGAGUUCAUGAAACACAAGCCACGCGAGAUCUCGCAGGCCAAGAUUCGCAACGUGACCGAUCCCACUACUGGCAAGGAGAUUGGCGUGGAGGAUCAGGAUGAAGACUCAAUGGAAGUAGUCAAAAACCCCAGGUUGACUGUCCCUAACGCUAAUAUCGGACAACCCACCUCUGUACAAACGAGUCACGAUCAAGAUUUCUCCGAGUAUAAGGAGAACCAGGACAUCACCGCGCCCCCUGACCCCAUCGCGGAGGGAACAACCUCCGAUGUACCCAUUCGCGGGGAAAGGACUAAUGUGCUCUUCCAUCCCACGCCCACCGUUUCAUAUCAGCCGAUGUAUGAGAAGCUGGAAAAGCGUGCGAUGGAAUUGUGUAUUGCCAUCUUGUUUGCCAUCAUCGUUCUAGGACGGACCUUUGGAGGUUCUCUAUGGGGCCUCAUUCCGCUUGCUGGAUGCAUUACAAGUGGCGUAUGGCUAUGGAUGCACGAAGUUGUCCGGAGGGGCAAGGUGAUGGAGUGGAGUAGCGAACAGCUCCGCGGACAAACUGCAACUGCCAACCUCCUCCCCGAAUCAGUGGAAUGGAUGAAUACUUUCCUCGGCGUCAUCUGGGGCCUCGUCAAUCCCGAUAUGCUGCAACCCGCGGCAGAUACAAUUGAAGACAUCAUGCAAGUAUCUGCCCCCAAGGUCGUUGAGAAUGUCCGAAUUGCGGAAAUCGACCAGGGUAACAACCCUUUCCGCAUCCUCAGCAUGCGCGCUCUGCCAGAUGAUCAUGUCCAGAACCUCAAGGACAACAUCCGUGACGAGAACAGGAAGAAUAAGGAUCCACAGGAAGCUGCUGCCGCGGAAGAAGGAGGUAGCUACUACAAUAUGGAGGCAUCCUUCGCAUACCACGCAAUACCAACCUCCGGGACCGCCUCUUCCAAAGCUCGCAACAUGCAUAUGCACCUGGUGUUCUAUUUGGGAAUUCGCGGCUUGUUCGGCGUACCUUUCCCUGUCUUUGUCGAAUUGACCGAGUUGGUUGGUACAGUCCGUCUCCGCUUGCAGUUGACGCCCGAGCCACCGUUCGCGAAGGAGGUGACCUUUACGCUUGUCGGUAUUCCACAUGUUAAGGCGGCCUGUGUGCCUAUGGUGCGGAGGGGUGUCAAUAUUCUCAACCUGCCGCUGAUCUCGAACUUCGUUAACUAUGCUAUUGGCGCAGCCUGUGCGAUGUUUGCUGCUCCCAAGUCGAUGACUAUGGACUUGAGCAUGUUGCUGAAGGGUGAUGAUAUCGAAAAAGAUACUCAGGCUCUAGGCGUCAUGUGGGUUCGUAUCCAUCGUGCCGUUGGCUUGAGUAAGCAGGACCGCCGCGGUAGCGAAGGUGGUGGUAGCGACCCCUACAUCAACCUUUCCUUCUCCAAAUACGGAAAGCCCAUGUACUGCACGCGCGUUAUCACGGAUGACCUCAACCCAAUUUGGGAAGAGACCGCCGCGCUGUUGGUCACUCCAGAACUAAUCAAGGCGAACGAGAAUUUGAGUAUUGAGCUCUGGGACUCGGAUCGGAACACUGCAGAUGACAUUGUCGGAAAGGUGGAAAUGCCCAUCCACGAGCUGCUCCAACACCCAGGCCGGAUGUACCCGCAGGUCUCCAAGCUUCAGGGUCUUGAUGUGGAUAGUGAAAUGCCCGGCCAGUUACACUGGGAAGUCGGAUACUUUGCUAAGCCCAAGCUUCGACCAGAGUUGCGCACCGAUGGCAAGAAGAAGGAUCUUCCCGAGAGCUUCCAAGGUGACCCAACCUUCGAGGACGAGAAGGGUACUAUCACUAAUGAGGAGGAGGAUGCGGUUAUGCAUACUCCUCCGGACCCCAUCUGGCCUAGUGGCAUUGUGCACAUCGUCGUGCACCAGAUUGUCAAUCUGCAACUUGCCAACAUCAAGGGUAGUGAGGGAAAUCGCAAGGGUAAGGAGUAUGAGCCUGCGAAACCGUUUGGUGAGAACACCGAAGAGCAGGGAGGUGACCUGCCCACGAGCUACUGCAAGAUCAUGCUCAACGACCAACUGAUUUACCGUACUCGAGCCAAGGCCGUAAGCUCCAAGCCCAUCUUCAACGCCGGAACAGAACGGUUCAUCCGCGACUGGCGCUCAGGCGUGGUCACUGUCACCGUACGAGACCAGCGAUACCGCGAGCACGACCCGAUCCUCGGCGUCAUUCCAAUUAAACUGUCCGACCUCUUCCAGACUAGCUCCCAGGUCACCCGGUGGUAUCCGCUGGACGGCGGCGUUGGAUUCGGACGAAUCCGUAUCUCAAUACUGCUCCGACACGUGGAGACCAAGCUGCCUCCCAACAUGCUCGGCUGGGACGUUGGCACAUUCGAGUUUGACAGCGACAAGGUUGUCGCCAAAGGCUACGGCCGUAACGUCAAGAUCAGGACGCGCACUGGCGGUAGCGUGGGUAAGCUCACACGUCGUAUCUGCCACAUGGAUGGCGAGGAUGCAGUCUUCGAUACAUCGGAUGAGAGCUUCCGCGAUUCCCUGCGUUUGCCAGUCAAGCAUCGCUAUCGUUCGCCCGUGGUCUUCGAGUUCCACCUCAAGGGUAAACGAGGCGCUGCGGCAUAUGCCAUCCUUUGGCUGCAGCAUCUGGUUGACAACGAACACACCGACAUUGACAUCCCGAUCUGGACAACAAAGUCCGGUCCUCGUUUAACACAGAACUACAUCACCGAAGCGAACUGGCGCGCCAAGGAAGUUCCCGGCCUGGAAGAUCUGACAGAAGUCGGACGCCUCCAAUUCAGCUGCCGAUUCUCACCCGGGAUCGACGAAUCACACGAGGCUUUCGUGGUAGACAACGACUCGCGCGAGACCUUUGAAACAUGGGAGGCAUGCAUGUCACAGGGAGUACGAUCUCGCAGCGUAUCAACCGAGGUCCCGAGCGAAGUCCAAGAAAAGCACGAACAAUCACUCGUCGACGGUCGCGACGUCCUAAAGCAAGCCGACCCCGCCGAACGCCGACGUUGGAUCGACCGCGAAGGACAUGACUGGAGCGGUGCAUUCGGCCACGAUCCUCGCGCUUACACCGACGAAGUCGGUCGCAAGGUCGCCGAGCCUGGACAAGACAAGCCUCGCCAUGACCCUAUAACUCCGCCACCAAUCAAGGAGCAGCCUUCCGCCCAUUCUGGUUCGCAAAACGGAGAAGCCGAUAGCAACUCUACCUCUGACGAGUCCGAGGGGGAGGACGGGGAGUCAUCGAAUGGACCGUCGACUGUUAGCCCCGUUGCCACUGCUUCGUCGUCGCAGGCGGGUAACGACACCUCGAAUAAGGCUAAUAAGCGCAGUGAGCAGCGUCAGCAGCGUGGCUUGAUGCAGUGGCGCCCUGCGCGCAAUGCGCAGUUCGCGAAGGACGAGGCGAAGUUUGUGCUGCGCAAAAUGAAGAAGAAGAUUGGGGCUGGUGGUCUUACUGGCCGUGAGCCUGACAUUGAGACGGAGACUUGA